CAAGCACCAGAAAGCAGCUCAUUAGAUUAUCACCAUGAGGUAUAUAAGAUCUCAGAAUUCAGCAACAAUGUUAAUGGGGAGGCCGAAGAGACACAACCUAUUUACUUAGGAGAUGAAAGCAUGGAAAUUAAAAAACAAAUCACAGGAAUGAGAAGAUUACUGAAUGACAGCACUGGCAGGAUCUACCAGCGUGUGGGCAAAGAGGGAGAAAAAUUAAAAGAAGAACCCCAGGAUUUGGAUUCAGUCUGGCCCCCGCGUAUGAACUCCUCUGCUGAGGCACCACAGAGCCUCCACCCACCUUCACGUGGUGCGUGGAAUGAGUUACCACUGCCCAGUGGGCAGUUCUCAGGGCAGUAUGGCACCCGCUCUAGAACCUUCCAGAGUCAGCCCCACACUGCUGGCAGCUCCAACGGAGACCUUCCCACGGUGAAUUCGUCAGUUGGAUCAAACUGUUGUACUUGCAACUGCCAGUCAACGUUGCAGGCCAUCCUCCAGGAACUCAGGACCAUGCGGAAAUUAAUGCAAAUUCAAGCAGUUGGAACCCAAAACAGACAACAACCCCCGAUUUCCCUUAUAUGCUCCCAGCGAACUGCUGUCUCACGCAAGAGAAAUAAAAAGAAAAAAGUGCCCCCAAAGACCAUUGAACCUCUAACUGUGAAGCAAAAGUCUGGCGCAUUUGAAACUGAGAAGAAGACAGCAGGGGCCUCCGAGCAGCCUGGCCCCCCAACGGCCGAGCACCCCUCUUCUGGGGAGAGCCGUGUGCUGGGAUUCGGCAUCGUCCUAGAGUCGCCUGCCUCAGAUCCAGAAGUGCAACUUGCUGAAGGCUUUGAUGUGUUCAUGCCUAAAUCACAGCUGGACUCUAUAUUGUCAAACUACACUCGCUCAGGAAGCCUUCUGUUUAGAAAGCUGGUGUGUGCAUUUUUUGAUGACAAGACUUUGGCUAACUCCUUACCCAAUGGGAAGAGGAAAAGAGGACUCAAUGACAACCGGAAAGGACUAGACCAAAAUAUUGUGGGUGCAAUAAAAGUUACUAUCGCAUACAAGCUAUGCCCCAAAAAUCUGAGAGACUCAGGAAUUGAUGCUCGCUUGAAUUUCUGCCCUAAAGGCGCGCGUGCAGAUGAUCAUGGAAUACUUCUCGUCCCUGUAGUACUAUGGACUGAUGUCUUCACAGAAAAAUACUGUACUGCUAACCAUGUGGAUAAACUUCCUGGCCCAAGAGACUGGGUACAGAUUCUACAGGAUCAGAUCAAACUGGCCAGAAGAAGGUUAAAAAGAGGCUCAGCAGAGGUAGCUGACGGUGAUGAAAGACUGGACAGCAUUUCUCUACCACCAACAGGUAAAAAAGCCUGAGGCCCAGAAACACUAAAUGACUUUCUCAAGGUCUCACAGCUGGUUGGUGGCCCGGCCCGAGCCCCGGCCUCUCGACUUCCAGCCAUUAUACCGCAUAGCUUUCUCACAUCUAAGCCAAAGCCAGCUUUCCUCUGCAUGUUUCUUAAAAGACCCUAAGAGUCGAUGGAUGUACUAAUCCCUUUAGGAUUCCAUUCCACUGUGUGUCUUCACAAUUAGAAUGCCUGUCGUAAGUCUGCCUGAAGUCCUCUGCAGUUGAAACUCACUCAUUGGGAGUCCUCAAACCUUGCCCAAGGCCGCAAGGUCCUGCCAGAGACAGUAGUGGUAGGCCACCCUGCAGGUGUCUUCACUAGACUACCCACACUUGAUACAAAUGACUAAAGAGCACGACCAAUAAUACUGUUGAUCCUGUAGCAAAGGGGGAAAGAAGUUGGCAGAUUGGUGCUUAAAUUUAUUUCACAGUGUUGAAAUGAGAUUGUCUUGGUGAGACUAGCGAGUCUCAAUCGCCUCUAAAGUAAAAUCUGGGGUCGGGGCGGCAUCUGUGAAGACAGCACUACACCAACCCUCCCUCCCCGCGUGGGCCCCAGGACACUGCCCCAGAGGGGAAGUGUGCCUUUCCUGCACACCUCGCUUCACCCCUGCCUUUAAGACUCCCUCAUCAGACCUUCCUUAUCUCUUUUAUCUCAGCUGGCAACCGUGUGGCUCCUUUUGAGAGAUUAAGCAACACCUUUUAUUACCGUUUGAAGGUCUUUAUCCUUCUUCCAAAUUCUGCUAUGCCGGGAGGGGCAGGAAGAGGGUGUAAAUCCUUUAAGUGUGUCCAUGAACCAGAAUCAACCAAGUCAGGGUUACAGGCAGGCAGCCCAAGGAUAUGUAUGUGUCUCAGUCCACUACAUGGAAGCAACCUUCUGCUUGUCUGGUUUUAACCACAACGUGUGCCGCUUUUAUAGUGGAAGAACACAUUUUCCUCAUUUCUUUUCCCUCACCACCCUGUCAGUAAGCCAUAAGCGUGCUGGAGCAGCUCCCAGGAUUCAGCACUGUCAGGUUUUGUGAACAAACGCCCACCCUCGGGGAGCCCCGGUCCCGUGUGAGGCGGCUGCGGGUGCAGACAACGCACUGUGAUAACCCCGAGAAACCACCCAGGACUGGGGAACACUCUGUGCCAGGUAGAAAAAAAAAAAAAAAAAAAAAAAGGACAGAGAAAGUAAAAUCAAAACAGUGCUUUCUAAAAUUUAGAAAGGAGGUAGCACAGAGCUCACCGGGGCCUAGCCAUUUUUGUCAUACAUCAGCAAUCUUUUACAUACUUCUAAACAAUUAACAAAAGUAAAGGAAGAAACUAUAAAUUAAUGUUACCACUCAGAGACAACUAUUAUUGAAUAUUCCCCCCUCCCGAUUUUUCUAUUUAUUUUAUUUACUUACACAGUGAAGGUCAAAUACAUAAUAUUUUGUUUCCUAAGGGGUUUUUUUUCUUUUUCUUUUUUUUGACCUAACCAGCAUUUUCCACUUUCCACAAGUCUUCAUACACAUUAUUUUAAUAGCUGCAUCAUGUUCUCUUUUACAGGUAAACCGUAUUUUAUUUAGCCAUAUUCUAUUCCUGGACAAUAUGUGGACCUAACUCCAAUAGUAACACACAGUCAUGGACUUUCCUGUAAAAAUAAUCAUUACAGAUUUCCAGUGGCCAAAAUUGCUCACUCAGCACAACUAAAGCCUUGGCCAAAAAAUUAGUGAUUUAAAUGCGAAACAGAUACUUCAUCAGCGAGGUUCUCCACCGACCCAGCAUACUUGGCUUCUAACCCCGUCCCAGAAAAGUGUGCAGUUCUCUUCUAGAGAAGUGGCCCCCUCUUCAUUGUCUUGUCUCUGUUGUAGGUAAUAUAUUUGACACCAGGAGAGGAAACACGGAAGACACAGAGCCAGAUUUCACUGCCUAGACUCCCCUUGUAGUGACAUUGUUCAUUAGUACAUGUAACUCUGCCGUUUGAAUUCCCUCAGAGAUCCACGUAGCGUUUCAGGUUACUGCAAAGUGUGGGUGUUCUGUGAAGCUUUCCUGUCAUAUCUGAAUAGUUUUCAUAGACUUUGUCACAUGUGAUCAUCAAGCCUCCAGUUUGAGGUCUUUAGAAAUCGUUUUUAGAGUUGACUCAUUCAUUACCUUCUAAAAGUCCAGCGUAUGACCAUUGCGUUCAUUGUUCAUUAAAAAGCAGUUCUUUUUUUCUUCAUAAGCUCAAUGUGAACAUUACAGAGAUUAGAAGCAUUUUUAUUUUAAUGUGCACUGCUUAGAUGCUGUAUAAAGGAGGAUAGCUCUUUCCAGCGCUGAGGGAGCAGUUGGGAAGGCCAGCAUUAAUUAGGCCUUCAGCAGCUUAGAAGACGAAAAAGUUGUUGUGGGAGACAGGAUAGCUCUGACCUAUUAGACGAAAUCAUUUGUGACAUCAGUUCCUCCAAAGAUAGCCAUUUGUAACUGAAUAAGUGCGAAGGAUCUACGAAUUCUUGAGAAAGAAAAACUUUUCACAAAGAUUGUGUCAACCCAGUGACAAAAUAACUAAUUAAAAAGUGAGAAACUCAAAGUAACCGGUGACCCAUAUGAUACCUAACAACUGUUUCCACAGAUGGUUUUAAACUGUGGGGUCCAGGGUUUUGGCAUGGUGUGGCAACCAGCCACAAACGUACAUAAUAUUAUAUACUUUAUUUGGUUCCUAGUACACUCGCCCUCCACUUCCUAUGAAACCGACAUAUGAAAAUAUGGGAUUAUACUAAAGAGAUAGCUUGCCAUGUGGGUAUUGUUUUACAGAAAUCUUUACCUCCAGAUUCCCUUCUCCAAAAAGAUGGUGAACUUAAAAAUACCAUUUUACUUAGAAACAUUGCACGUAGCCCUCAUUCACUGUAGAAAGCAAAUUACCAUGAAAUCUCGGGCACUUGACCCAAAGCCAAAAAUUGGCUGGAAAGAAAUUGGGACCGUAGAAAUACCAAACCAGAGGGGGAAAAUAUUGUUGUGCUGACCAUUACACACCCUUCCCUAGCACUUGCUUUAACUAAGUCAUGGAGGAUUAGAGCUCAAAGUUCUUGUAGAGGCACCCUGUCCAAGGUACCUGUGCCAUCUCGCACUGAACGGCUCAGCCUGAGCUGGGAGGGGAGCUCCGGGGCAAUCCUGUGUUCCACUGAAGACCAGCUCAUCAACCGAAGACAGUACAUAGGCAUCCCUGAAAUGUGACAAAGCCGGUUCUAGGUGUGGCUUGUGGAAUCAAUCUAACUGCUAGACAGCUACAUCUCAUAUCUGUGCAUCUUUUAUUUGUCUUAUUUCUGAAGCUACAAGGAAGGUUCAGAGAAAGUGUUCCCAUCACAUCCUAUAGUUACUGGCCUUUUACAUUUUUAGGCCAGUUAGUAAUCCCUUCCCUGAAACUGGUCCCAUUGGUCAUCAUCCGGUGGCCUGAUGAAGUCCUACAAACCAGGGCUUUUGUUGUUCUGCAACGUAUGUUUUAAAAUUUGUCUUCUGCCCCUCAGAAGGAAAUAUUUCUCAAGGGAAGGGAAAAGAUUAAUUAGUGACCUUUCAACUCUAUUACAGUAAGAUGGGUAUGUUGCUACUAAAAGGUAGAAAUAUUUACCUUACAACUGCGGGAUCUGUUAAAUAUGCAUCACGAACCUUCGAAAGCACUUCCUUCCAAGACUGGGUGACAGCUUGGAUUUUUCAAUACUUGAGGAAGGGUGGGGAUUGCUCAACUCACGAGUACGUGCAAUGCAUCCACAAAUUGGAAAUACAUAUCACAGAACUGCAACAGUGAAAUCAUAUUUUGUACAUUAAAAUUGUAUUUGUGUUUACUUACUGUGACUACUGUUCAGACUUUAUUCAGAAAUCCUUUUUAUAGGCUUUCUUAGUAAAAAAAAAAAAAGUAUUCCAUAUCUAUGGAUAAUGUCUCAAUCUUCUGUAUAUAUGUUUUAUUAAUAUGUAAAUAUUUAGAUUUUUUAAAAUGACUAUGUUCUUUAAAACACUUUCAACACAAGGCUAGUUGUGAAAUGGUGUAUAACAUUGUGUUGUGCUAUCAAUUCCCAAGAUGCUCUUUAUGUCCGUUCCAGAAGAACACAAUAAAUUACUUUAAUUGAA